GCUGAAAGGAUGCUCACUGUCUGACGAAAAACUGCAUUCUGCGCUCGAAACGGUGACAACAUGGAUAGCGCGACAAGGGACACGUUAGGAGCAACGCCGCCAGCAGAAGCGUCAAGUCCUCGGGAGAAAUUUAUUAAAACUGACACCGAUUUAACUGAACCGUUUGCAGAUUCUACUUGUGGCUACAUGACUGGAUUCCCUGUCCCGCAAAAUCCUAUGUACUCACACACCUCCGUCUCUUCUACAAUGCGUAAUUCUGGAAACGUGGACACGAUGUGUCACGGAGCGAACUCAACUAAUGACAGAAAGGUUGGGAAAACCGUUUCAGUUGUUGAAAACGCUGCCACAUAUAACAUUAGAGAACUUGGAAGAAAAGAGCCCAAACAUUUUCCUUGGACAGCAUCAUUGACGGACACCACAGAACUCGCGUUACCUCCAGGCGCAAAGGCAAGUUUGAGCGGAGCUACCGCUUCGUCAGUUGGAAUAUGCAAGUUUAUUAAAGAUGAGCAGCAGUCGCCCACUUUAACGGAAAACACUCUGGCUUACUUUCAACUAUCAGGGAACAUAACAACUUUGAAUAACUCGUAUGGCGAGGAUUCAUCGGCGCAUCUGCCCGCACAUGUGUUCACGGACUGUAAUCGGACUAAUAUAUUGCCUCCGGUUCCCAAAAUCACGGAAGGUCCAUUUAGUUUGCCCUAUCCUGUCGAUGAAGUUGCGAAUAGUAGUCUCACAAGAUAUGGACAGCAGUCGCCACAGAGCUCACUUAUGUAUAAGAGCGAAUUUUCCAAAUUAUCGAUUGUGCCCUUGUCCACAGAAUCUCAAAAUUGGUGUCAGUCAGCAGGUCGGUCUGAGGAACAGCACUUAGAUACUGGCUAUCUGCCUCAUGGGGAUAUCCGUAAUACAUAUGGGAUACAUAAUUCCUCGAACACGCAGUGUGUGUAUAUGGGGGUUUUGUCCCAGAAAAUUUGCCUUAUCUGUGGCGACGAAGCGUCUGGGUGUCAUUAUGGGGUUCUCACGUGCGGAAGCUGCAAAGUAUUCUACAAGAGAGCCGUUGAAGGGCACCAUAACUAUCUGUGUGCUGGGAGAAAUGACUGCAUCGUGGAUAAGAUUCGCAGGAAGAACUGCCCAGCGUGUCGUCUGAGAAAGUGCUACCAGGCCGGAAUGAUCCUUGGAGGUCGGAAGAUGAAGAAGCUCAGUGCGUUGAAGGCGCUGGGUUUGGCCCAGUCCCUGGCUGUGCACUCCACACUGGGCCUGUCCUUCGAGAGCCAGGCCCUGGCCUCCCUCCCCAGCAUGCCCAUGGUCAGAGAGCUGCAGUUCGCCCCGCAGAUCCUCAGCAUCCUGGAGAACAUCGAGCCGGAGGUGGUGUACUCUGGGUACGACAGCGCCCAGCCCGAAAUGCCCCACCUCCUCCUCAACAGCCUCAACCGGCUCUGCGAGAGGCAGCUGCUCUGGAUCGUCCGCUGGUCCAAGUCCCUCCCAGGAUUUCGCAACUUGCAUAUCAAUGACCAGAUGACACUGAUCCAGUACUCCUGGAUGAGUCUGAUGGUGUUUUCACUGGGAUGGAGGUCCUUUCUCAAUGUGACCAGAGAAUUUCUGUACUUUGCACCAGACCUCAUUCUCAGUGAAGAGAAGAUGAGGAAAUCUCCCAUCUUUGACCUGUGCAUGGCAAUGCAAAUCAUCCCACAGGAAUUUGAUAAUCUUCAAGUGACGAAGGAGGAGUUUCUGUGCAUGAAGGUCUUGUUGUUACUCAACACCGUCCCGCUGGAAGGCCUGAAAAGCCAGGCCCAGUUUGACGAGAUGCGGCACAGCUACAUCCGCGAGCUCUCCAAAGCCGUUCAGCUGAGGGAGAAGGGUGUGGUGGCCAGCUCCCAGCGCUUCUACCACCUGACCAAACUCAUGGACACCAUGCACGAGAUCGUGAGGAAGGUGAACCUGUACUGUCUGACCACCUUCAUCCAGGCAGAGGCCAUGCAGGUGGAGUUUCCCGAGAUGAUGUCAGAGGUCAUAACCUCCCAGAUGCCCACGGUCCUGGCCGGCAUGGUGAGGCCCCUCCUCUUUCACAAAAAAUGAAGCCGUGCCCCAAUCUGGAUCCUGUCAGAGCCCCCCCCCUGGAGA